AUGAAUUUCGAUGACCUCGUGGAAGGAAUGGAUUCCGAAGUGGAAUGCUCACAACCGUUGAGCCCCCAUAGAGAUAUAAUCCAGAAGCUGGAUGCCAUUGAGACCCGUCUCACUGCCAUUGAAAAGUCCCUAACAGACAAAAUGCCAGAAAAGGCCGAGUUGCAGGCACAAAGUAAACUAUUGCGCGGAUGCCGCGUCAUAGCUGCAAAGACGCACCAUUCAAUUAGCCGCAUCACCGGUGACUUGGAGGACGAGCAUUACGUGGAGCUCGCUUCGAAACUGCCCAUGCCAUGGGAAGAGCACGUGCGCUUCGUGGAAGACAAACUUUCACAAAAGGAAAGCACGGAUGCUAUGAUGCGGCUAAUAUUGAAGUCAAAGGGCGCAAAAGGCAGUGUGGACGGCGUACUGCGUGGUAUGUUUUCUGACGAUCUAAUGUACCACUACAAUGUAGAGGGGCGCAAGGAGAAGGAAUCCCUACUAAAGCUAAAGUGCGUAGGCUUAGUUUUUGAUAGGUUUUUUAACUUAUAACGCUUCAUUUUAGAUAUAUUUCCUGACAAGGAUAAAAACACUAUCUGUGGCCUUAAGC